AUGGCCUCCCCCUCUUCCUUUACCUCCACUUCCUUGGUGCCCAGGCCUUCCCGGUCUCCCAGGCCUGCCAGCGUUUCCCCCCGGGCGUCCAGGCCUCCCGUUUCCACUUUCACUAGAUCCCCCGUCUACUCCGGCUCCUUCAUCAUAGCCUUGACCAGGUUCCCCAGACUCACCUACGUAAUUUUGAUCAUAUCUAUAGCCUCCGCCACCUCCUCCUCCUCCUCCUCCGCCCCCUCCCCCACCACCCCCUCCUCCUCCACCGCCACCUCCUCCUCCACCACCACCUCCUCCCCCACCACCACCUCCCCCACCACCCCAGAGUGGUUUCGCCUUUCCACCAUCGCCGUAGUAAUAUCGUCCUCCUCCUCCUCCUCCCCCACCGCCACCACCUCCUCCACCACCCCCUCCUCCUCCACCACCCCCUCCUCCUCCACCGCCACCGCCACCUCCUCCCCCACCACCGCCACCUCCCCCACCGCCCCAGAGUGGUUUCGCCUUUCCUUUAUUGGCACUUAAUUUGCAAUAUCCUCUCCAACAAAAGCGUCCUCCUCCUCCCCCCCCUCCUCCACCGCCACCGCCUCCUCCACCACCCCCUCCUCCUCCACCACCGCCUCCUCCUCCACCGCCACCGCCACCUCCUCCCCCACCACCGCCACCUCCCCCACCACCCCAGAGUGGUUUCGCCUUUCUACCAUCGCCGUAGGGAUGUUUAACCGGUUUCAAGGACUGAUCUGCAUUGGCACUUAA